AUGCUGGACGACACAAUGUAUGAAAUUCGAGAUUUACGAAAUAGUGCACGUUCAAAGAAAAAGUACAAGUAUCCAAGCGCUCCAGGUAAAGAAGAGCCAGGUAAAGGUCAGGUUAUUGAAGCUGGAAGAUUUUCUACGGAGAGUGUUGAUCAAGCAGAGGAAGAGCUCGUGCAACCAAACGCGGAAAAUUUUAUGGCUAAUAUUGUAGAUAUUGAGUAUGUUACGCAUGAUAUGGUGCGGAAUUUGACUAGCGCAAAUGAUUUUCCUCUUCCAGUCGCUAUUGAGGUAAAAAAGAUUCUACCAUUUUAUCUUAGCUUUCUCAAAUCAGUGCCUUAG